CUUCCUCGUUCUCCACGGUGCUAAGCUAACAACAAAUGCACCAUGAAAUUACCCGUUUUAUUCUUAAUUUUCGCCACGCAUUUUCUUUCGGGGACUGCGCACAUCGGGAAAAAUGUGGGGAAUUUCUUUAGCAGCCAGCACACCAACAACUGGGCUGUUCUGGUUUGUACAUCGAGAUUUUGGUUCAACUACCGUCACGUGGCCAAUACAUUAUCCGUGUACAGAAGUGUCAAGAGGCUGGGCAUUCCUGACAGCCACAUAGUGUUGAUGCUGGCGGACGACAUGGCUUGUAACCAUAGAAACCCCAAACCGGCCACAGUCUUCAGUCACAAAAACAUGGAGCUGAAUGUGUAUGGAGACGACGUGGAGGUGGACUACAGAGGAUAUGAGGUGACGGUAGAAAACUUCCUUCGGGUUUUGACCGGGAGACUACCGCCCAGCACGCCUCGCUCCAAACGCCUCUUAUCUGACGAUCGAAGCAACAUACUCAUUUAUUUAACUGGUCACGGUGGAAAUGGUUUUCUGAAGUUUCAGGACUCAGAGGAGAUAAGCAACGUGGAGCUGGCCGAUGCUUUCGAGCAGAUGUGGCAGAAAAGACGAUACAAUGAGCUGCUGUUUAUCAUCGACACGUGUCAGGGAGCCUCCAUGUACGAGCGCUUCUACUCCCCGAACCUCAUGGCUCUGGCCAGCAGUCAGGUUGGAGAGGACUCUCUGUCUCACCAGCCUGAUUUAGCCAUCGGGGUUCACCUCAUGGACCGCUACACCUUUUACCUGCUGGAGUUCCUGGAGGACAUCCACCCGGCCAGUAAAACCAACAUGAAUGACCUGUUCAAAGUUUGUCCCAAGAGCCAGUGUGUGUCCACUCCAGGCCACCGUACCGACCUCUUUCUCCGAGACCCAGGAAGUGUUUUGAUCACAGAUUUCUUCGGCAGCGUUCGAAAAGUGGAGAUCACCACAGACGCCAUCAACCUGACAGAGCCCAUAGAGCAAAAACAGGACAUCGCUGUGAGUGAGGAGCAGGAAAAGGUGCAGUACUCGUAUACAGACCAGCUGCCAGUGUCUGAAAUCAUUCAUCAGAAGCCGAAGCAGAAGGACUGGCACCCCCCUGACGGCUUCAUCCUGGGCCUGUGGACUCUCAUCCUGCUGGUGUUUUUCAGAGCAUACGGCAUCAAGCACCUCAAGCACAUCUUCUGAAUACAUGUGUCUGCUCUCUCUCCUCUAUCUCGUCCACAUCCUUCUUCUCUUCCUCCCAUGUCCUCUUUUUCUCCCCUCUCCCUCUUCUAACUAUUUACAUUCUUUUCUUCCCUCUUUCUCUCCCUUUUUCCUCUCUCCCUGACCCCCAUCUCUCUCUUCUCUUCUUAAAAGAAGGGGUAUUAUGCAAAAUGAGCUUUUUUUUUUUUUUUUUUUUUUUUU